AACCACAUUAGUCUUUUCAGAUUUUUUGUACACUUCCUUCACCCCCUCACCCCUCUCUCUCUCUCUCUCCUCCUUCCUCUUUCUUCUUUGCUUGCCCUUUUCUUUAAUUUUUAUUCUUCCAAAAUCAAAAUAGUUCCUCCUCUGAUCUCAUUGGGAUAACUUUAAGUUUCCUUAUAUAAAAACCGAACAAGAAGAGAGAUAUAUCACUGAAGAGAAUCCACACACACACACACACAAAAAAAAAAUGUCUGUGGAUUUAUCAUCUGAGCGUGUGUGCUAUGUCCACUGCAGCUUCUGCACCACGAUUUUAGCGGUAAGUGUACCAUACGCAAGCUUGUUCACACUUGUGACGGUGAGAUGUGGCCAUUGUACCAAUUUGCUCUCCCUCAACAUUGGAGUUUCGCUCCAUCAAACCUCACCUCCUCCCAUUAAUCAAGAUCUUCAGCCGUAUAAGCAGCACAUAACCUCUUCGGUAACAAGGAAAGAUUUUGGAUCAUCUUCUAGGAGCACCAACAAUAUAUCCACCACAUUGUCCGAAAAUAUCGACAGGGAUGCUCCUAGAAUGCCUCCUAUUCGUCCGCCGGAGAAAAGACAACGCGUCCCUUCGGCAUACAAUAGAUUCAUCAAAGAGGAAAUCCAAAGGAUCAAGGCUUGCAAUCCAGAGAUUAGCCACCGUGAGGCGUUUAGCACAGCUGCUAAAAAUUGGGCACAUUUUCCUCACAUUCACUUUGGAUUAAAGCUGGAUGGCAACAAAAAAGGCAAGCAAUUAGACCAGACAGUUGCAAGCCAAAAAUCUAAUGGCUAUUGCUAAAGCCCUUUCUAUAUAUACAUAUAUGCGUGUAUAUAUAUAUAUAUGCGAUAUAUGUGUAUGCUUUAUGUUUAUCUUUGUACGUACGCAUUUAUGAAUGUGUAAGCAGAGGAGCUGAUGAUGAUGGCAGUGAAGGCGAGGAAGAAGAAGAAGAUCAUAUAUAAACUUACAUAUAUAUAUAUAUAUGUAUACAUGUAUCUAUGUUCCUUUCUUUUUCUUGCGCAGAAUUCAGCUAUAACUUCGUUGCUUUAUUCUCCUAAUAAGUGUAAGUCUUUUAUGAUUUUCACAUUUGAACCUAAGUAUUUAGAAGAAUCUUCUUUACGAAGAUUGUAAUAUAAAUUUCCACUUUACUCAUU